AUGUCAACUUCUCAAGGCGAUCGGGUUUCCCUGGCGCGUCACAACUACCCCCAGUCGCCCUUUAACCGCGCGCGCGAAGCCAACUACGAAUUCGAUCUGGAUACCUCCAAUUUCCCCACACCUUCCAAACAGAAUGGUUCGCGUUCUCACCACAGUUAUCGAACGAGCACACUAGCUGGGGCAUAUCGGGCUGCAUCGCGUGCAUCCAUGGAGGAAGGCAUACAAUCGGGCUCGUCCCCAAGUCCCCGACAGGCGCGACGACCAUUCGGCGCGUUCUCUCCCAAUUCCGAGACAUCAAACCCACGAGCGGAGACGAUGGACGUGUAUCGAGGGACCGAAGGAUACGAUUACCCACCAAACAACGCACCGCUAGAAGAAUGGGAUGCACCACGGGGCGCUCGUUCUGCAAGUUAUUCUUCCUCUCAUACAAGGAAUCGCGACUACGAGCAUGUCGCUCAUGAUGGACUUGCAAUCUCUGAAGUCAGUUUGUUUAGUGAAAAUGGGCGAUAUUCUCCGCGCCGAAGGACUACGGAUUAUAACAAAGAUGAGCAGCGCCUGAGGCGUGUCACUGGGAAAGACUCGCCAGUGUUUAGCAAAGCUAAGACUGGGCGAGCAGCUCUGACUGCAGAUAAUCUCCAACGACGUGAAGAGGAGGAGGUCGAGAGCCAACAUAUAUCGGAUGGUGACAACGAGCAUGGUCCGUCAUUGAAUUUGCCAACUACUUGGGGAAGCCGUGCAACUCGCCGACAAGAAUGGCUUCGGAACGUCAGUCAACGCAGCGUCUCGGAUGAGUCCAAGGAAAGGGAGGGGGGUCCUCCGAAAGUAUCAGCGGAUCCGUCUGAACCUAGGACAAGGUCAAACGAUACUUUAACUUCUAAACGUCGCUCUUCUCCCCGUUCGCUAGAACGAAAUCGCAUUCCGACCCGAAGUGCCCUCGAGGAGCGCACUGCCAACCCACACAUACAAGAUAUACCCGAACCGAGGGAGGAGCUAAACGAAAGGAAGUUUAGCCCGGAUCACGCCGCGCCCGGUGAAGGCGAUCCUAUCCCGAAUACUCCUAUUGUGGUAUUCAAAAAUUCGAAUUUUACAAAACAAAAUCAGCCAAAGCGAGACUCUCAAAACUUGUUACGUCUAUUGUCGAGAACCGAAAGCCCGAAGCUGGAGCAGACGCAAACCCCCGAGCCACCGAAGCUAUUCGAACGACACGUAUAUGAUAAAACGCCUCGAGUGACAGGUGCAUGGAUUGAUACCCCAAUAACAGCGAAGGUUGCCCAAAUUCCAGAUGAUUUGACAAAGGACAUUGUUGUUCCGUCUGGCGCGCCGAAGGCUGUCGAAGCCCCGAAGCAGCAAAGCAAGUCGCAAACAGAAGUCGGAGCUAAAUCUAAAAACUUGAAUAAAGAGCCAAUUACCAUAACAGAAAAAUCUCCGGAAGAAGAGAAACCAACGAGGCCGUCAAGGUCCUCUGUUUUUCGGCCAAAGCUUCCAAAGAGUGGCUUGGAAACAGUUAUUGAGGAUGUCAACUCUGGAAAGGAGACUCUUGGUUUAGGAGACGAUACUAUCGAAUCUCUUCAGGCGAUUGUAAAUGACCAAAUUGUCUUGAAAACGGAAGAGGAGGAAGAGGCAGCCUAUGAGAAAGAGGUCCUUGCGAAAUUACAACUAGCUCGCUGGAACGGGCAGGGCUCAGUUGAUAUUGAUCAACUAGACGAGAAAAUAACAUCUCUCGCAAACAAGAUCUACGAGAUGAAAAAUGGUCUCGCCAAGCUUGAAGGAAAUAUCUCUCAGAGCGGUUCCGUCACGCCGCAGUCCAGCCCCUCUGCAGAAAAGAAACCUCAACACACCAUCCGCCAACAAACCAGCGAAUCCUGUGAACAGUGUGCAUCACAUCCUCAUGGCCGCGUCUACGCUGCGAUUCCAUUACCCCAGCUUUGGAUUCGAAAUCCAUCUACCCGGCGUUGCCAGCUCACAAAACUUGGUUGGGUCACUUUCGUGUCAUUGACAUGGUAUGUCAUUGAGUGCAUGAUGGUAGAGCAGUACUGUCACCCCACAAUUUCGGAAACCUGCGAUGGAUAUUGUCUCAUGCCAGAUGCUCCUGAGUUUCCAUUUGUGACUGUCACAAUGCUGUGGCGUUGGUCUCAUUUAUCAGUCAUUCUAAUGCCCAUAUUCACUGCCGCCAUGGCUUUCUUCCGCUUGAUUGGAUUGUUGCUAGGGCUAUGGGAUGGCUACGCCGAUGAGCCAACGGAAAUAGGCAAUCUCGUGGGUGAAGUUCGCAUCAACGGAACCCCUGUGGCGUUUCCUUGGCUUUCAUCCCCGUCAGCUCAGGGUCUCCCACCCCCACAGCCGCCUGUCUGGACCCCACGCGAUGAACCGCCACCCAACCAACCGCCGCGCAACGAAGCCCCUGUCAAAUGGGAUGACGACCAACCUUCAAUGGAUGAUGAUGAAUUUAUUUAA